GACUCAAUGUUGAGUCAGUAGUGACUCCGCCUCGGUGUCAGAGAUCGGUGUUGAGCGUUCCUCCGCUGGGGUUCGGCUUGACGAGCGCUGCGGGAUUCACCAGGAGUCAUUCAUGUCUAUUUGUACGAGAUUUAGCUGAUCUAAACAGUUUGUUUUCAGAUCAUUUUAAGAAAGUUCGUUCCUGGAGUCUCACAGCCUGGCAAGUCUAUGUGAAGACAGCAGCAUGAUGGUUAAAUCAUGUGUGUGGGAGAGUCGUGGGACAUUCUGCACAGGCCAGCCAGCUACAAUAUUGCGACAGUGAUGCCCUUACCCUGGUUUUUCACCAUCACCCCAUGGUCCCCAUCAACUCCAGUGAUCUAAUCACAGCUGUGUGUGUAGCAGCUAAUACGCAUGCGGGGACUGUGAGGCAGGCCCCAUCCUGAGUCUGUACGAUGAAGAGCCCGGUGCACAGGUGUAGGGACGUGGAGAGGCAGGCUGCCUGCCUGCAGACUGAGCAGCCGUGUGUCCCCGUCUCCCAGCACAUCCCCAGCAGCAUGUGGUUUAUCAGGGACGCGUGUGGCAUCGUGUGUGGGGUCAUCACCUGGAUGUUGGUGUUCUAUGCUGAGUUUGUUGUGCUCUUCGUCAUGCUGUUGCCUUCUAAAAACCUGACCUAUAGCUUAGUCAACGGGACUGUGUUCAACACUCUGGCCUUCCUGGCUCUCGCCUCUCACUUCAGGGCCAUGUGCACCGACCCGGGAGCAGUGCCAACAGGGAACGCCACUAAAGAGUACAUCGAGAGUCUCCAGCUGAAGCCGGGACAGGUGGUCUACAAGUGUCCCAAGUGCUGCAGCAUCAAGCCUGACCGGGCACAUCACUGCAGUGUGUGUAAGCGCUGCAUACGGAAGAUGGACCACCACUGUCCCUGGGUUAACAACUGUGUGGGAGAGAACAACCAGAAGUACUUUGUGCUCUUCACAAUGUACAUUGCACUCAUCUCUCUCCACUCUCUGGUGAUGGUGGUCUUCCACUUCCUGUACUGCUUCGAAGAUGAUUGGACAAAGUGCAGUUCCUUCUCACCUCCUGCGACAGUCAUCCUCCUCAUCCUCCUGUGCUUUGAGGCCCUCCUCUUCCUCAUCUUCACCUCUGUGAUGUUCGGGACUCAGGUCCAUUCCAUCUGUACAGAUGAGACGGGCAUUGAGCGUCUGAAGGGGGAGAAGGCCAGGUGGGAGAAGACUUCCUGCUGGGAGGCAAUGAAGUCAGCGUUUGGAGGGCCCUUCUCCCCAUCCUGGCUCAGUCCCUUCUCUGACCUCCGCUGUACGAGGGAUCCCAAUGACCACGUGGUGCUGCCGCAGGGGGAGAUCAUCGAGGACGACGUCAUAGAGAUACCACUGGUCUAGUGUCAUAAGACUCCCAUAGAACUAGAAUGAAUAGAAUGGGCGGUGAACCUGACACCCUGGCAGGUUUGACUGGUGAACUCCUGGGUACAAGGUCUAUGGAAGCCUGCUAUUGUGAUUCAUUAUUGCAUCGUUGACAUAAUAAUUAGGAGGGUGCAUACAUUUGUCCUAUUUCAGACAUGUACCAGUGUGAAUUGGACAUUUUUUGUUUUCUGCAUAUCCCAACUCUCCCUGAGACACCCUCGGAGUGUGGGGGGGGGGGUCUGGACUAGGCUUCUAUAGAGAGACGCCAGUUCUAUUCAUUCUAUUUCUAUACAGACUCCACCCGGUCUAGUGCGGUGUCCUCCCUACAGUGCUACUGCUGCUUGGACCAAAGCCAUUAAAGGGAUCCUGCACCAAAUGUCCUUUUUAGAAUGAGCCACAACAUGUCCAGGUCUUAUACCCCCUGGUGAUGUGAACGAGGUACAAGUCCCAACGAAGACGAGUUGGAUUGACCCAAACGGGCUCCUUCUGUAGUCCAGAGCAGCUCCUGUAUACACAGCUCUACAUGGUUCAGUUGUAUUAAGGGAAGACCUCCUAGAAAACGACCUGUGGACUAUGCAGAAUCUAGACGGUCCGUGGCCUGUCCUCUAAUCUUACUUCACCAAGGGCCUUUUUUAUAAACAGUCAAAUUGAGAAUUUACAGUUACUGGCCUUGGUCUGUAACAUAUGCAAAUGAGGUGGUAACAGUUACUGGCCUUGUUCUGUAAAGUAUGCAAAUGAGGUGGUAACAGUUAAUGGCCUUGUUCUGUAAAGUAUGCAAAUGAGGUGGUAACAGUUUUUACAUUUUAUUUUUUAUCUGUAUCAUUUCAGAGAAUUACAUUACCUUUUAAGUGUGUGUUAAUUAAAGGGCCUUAUCUAAACAAUUCAUUAAUUAAUUAUCAUUGUUUUCAUCUGGAAAAUGUAGAGAGAACACUAUUUUAUUGAAUGAGGGUUAGCUGAUGGUGGAGGGGGGGGGGUUAGCUGAUAGUGAAUGGUUGUACUGUACUUUAUCCUUUUGUACAGGACGGUAAUACUACGAUGGUUACUAGGUAAUACUACGAUGGUUGCUAGGGAGGACUUCUACAGUCAAAUGAAUGCUCCAUAUCAUGGGACCACUAUUGUUUACUUUUAACAUUUGAAUAAAAGGGAAGUUGUUGUUGAUAUCGUACUUUAUCCAUGUAUUGAUUGGUUCUCAUAUUAGUUUAUCCAUGUAUUGAUUGGUUCUCAUAUUAGUUUAUCCAUGUAUUGAUUGGUUCUCAUAUUAGUUUAUCCAUGUAUUGAUUGGUUCUCAUAUUAGUUUAUCCAUGUAUUGAUUGGUUCUCAUAUUAGUUUAUCCAUGUAUUGAUUGGUUCUCAUAUUAGUUUGACUACAGAAUAAAAAACAUGUCAGAGAUUAA